AUGGCCCCAGCUCAUUGUCCGUCGUGCAGAAAAGAAUUUCGGAACCAUACAUCUGUCGCUCGUCAUAUGAGCCAACCACGGUCUGGAUGUAAUAAUUGGCUAGAAGACCUGAUCAAACUCAACUCUACCUUACCACUCACCGAAGAUCCCAUGGCAGUGGACAAUACUAUUGACGAAGGCCCCUCUUACGAACAAGGAGAGGAUGUAAGUUUCUAUGAUUUGAGAACUGAAGGAGGGCAUUUGGACUUUGAGGCAUCUGGACACAGCAGAACUCGGGACGAGGUAGUUACCGACUACUUUCCACAGCCCCUGCUGGCUUUUGAGGAGGGUUACACAUUUCUAAGCCUAUUCGACGCAGACAAAAACAGUGUCUAUCGUAAAAAAAAUCUAUACUAUCUGUUCAGCGAUCGAAGGGAAUGGCAGCUUGCAUUAUGGCUUCUUCAUUCGGGUUUGAGCAUGGGGCAAAUCAACGAUUUCCUAGCGCUUGAUAUUUCUCAAGUUAUUCCUACGUCACACCCCACAAAGUCUCCAGCAGUUCUCUACUGGCAGGAUCCACUUGAAUGCAUCGCUUCUCUAUUCAACCAUCCUUUAUUUCACAAUCGCAUAGACUACAUGGCUUGCAAGGUGUAUAACACAGCGGAGAAGCUCUCUCGGACAUAUACCGAAUGGAUGACAGGUGAACAUGCCUGGGAGAUGCAGUCUGCACUUCCCCAUGGCGCAACUCUCCUUGGUACCAUUCUAUCCUCGGACAAGACAUGCAUUACUGCAUUGUCAGGCGACCACAUUGCGCAUCCUCUCCUUAUCAGCAUCGCCAACAUUCAUAUGGACAUACGCCUAAAAUCAUCUUCAAACGCCUUCCUUCUUGCUGCCUUACUUCCAGUCCUGAAAUUCAUCCACAAAAAUAAAUGA